UGAAAUGGCAGAGUCUUAUUGAAAAGAUUAAGUUGAGUGAUAUUCUAAAUUAAUUUACAAGAAAUAAACGGAUAAAUAACAGACUAAACAUAGCGCUGACAAGCUCGGAAUAUUAGCAAACGGACAGACAAAAUUAUUCCAACGAGGCGACUUCGAAAAUCUUUUGUGAUUAUUUUACACAAAUGAAAAUUUUGGCAAAGCAACUGAUGUGAAUAAGUGCGUUUUAACGUCCGGGAAAAAGUUUUUUUCAUUACAUACUCAUCCACUAAAUAAGUGCAAAGUAUUAAAAUAUUCCGAGGAAGAAAAUUUCUUGGUUUGUGCGUGCGUGCGUGGACUUGAACGAAAAGUCGUAGCUAGGCAUAAAAAGAAAAUGUUUUGACUCUAAAACACCUUCAAUAACUGCGAGGACAAACAAGCAAAUAUAAUAAACGAUAUAAAUAUAAAUAAAUAAUAAAAAAUACACACUAUUUAUGUUCAUUUUGUGAAUUUAAUAUCCCUUUGCCGAUACACACACGCGAUAUAUGUGGAUUCGCAGUAUCCUCAACAUAGACGUGCUAGACAACUUUGUCGUGAACAUCAUGUCCAUUGCCCGUUGUUACAUACCGUUGAAGUCGUCGUGAACAUCGUUUCAGAUAACCUUUCCUUCGCUUCAAUAUACUUGCAUAAAAUCAAAUAAGCUCCGUUAAUAUGUUUAGUUCUUGUUCAAUCACAAAUUGUGAAAAUAAAAGAAUUUAAUUUUUCUCUUCUCUGGUUGAGGUCUCUAAUGAUAGUGGAAUGUGUGUGAGCUUUUGGUGGCAGUUGCAUCUUGGUUGUAACCCCAAAUUUCUGAAAUAAAUAUACGGCAAGAACAGAGACAACGCGGCUAAAGAAAAUAGCUAACACGUAGCAACACAAUAACGACAGCCAAACUCUUCAAACACGACAAUUAAUUGAUGGCUCAAUUAAAUGCAAUUUCGUAAAGGGAUAUGAAUUUCAGAAAUAGCAGAGAUUUGCCUUAGGAGUAAAAGGAGUUUCAGCGCAAACGUCUGAAGCGGGGCUCUGGAUCGAAGUUUCACAUACAAUUCAAAAAUCAAUAGAGAGCCGUAUACCAGAUCCCUCACACAGAUCCCGUUCUUUUCUCCUCAUCACACACUGCCACGAUACGAUACUAUUCGCAACAGAUAGUUCAAUAUUAUACCGUUCCAUUAAUUCAUUGGCAGUAGAAGCAACAAAAAACACAUCGCGUUUAUGAAAUCUACAACCGAAAACCUAAACAACGCACUGCUCGAAGAAGCCAUUCUAAACUGAUAGCAUCAUUGAUUGCACAUUAAAGAGCGCCAAAAACAUAAAUUCUCACAUCACUCACAACAGAAACAAAUAGGCUUUAGCGAUCACUGAUUUGUAUAAAUAUGGAAUUGCGGGUUGGUAAUAAAUAUCGCUUGGGCCGUAAAAUUGGCUCAGGAUCAUUUGGAGAUAUUUAUCUGGGUACCACAAUCAACACCGGCGAAGAAGUUGCCAUAAAACUAGAAUGCAUUCGCACGAAACAUCCCCAACUUCACAUCGAGUCAAAAUUCUACAAAACCAUGCAGGGUGGCAUAGGUAUACCGCGUAUUAUCUGGUGUGGCUCGGAAGGUGAUUACAACGUGAUGGUCAUGGAGUUGUUAGGUCCAUCAUUGGAAGACCUAUUCAAUUUCUGUUCCCGACGUUUCUCAUUGAAAACAGUUCUUUUACUCGCCGACCAGAUGAUAUCUCGCAUAGACUACAUACACUCUCGAGACUUCAUACACCGAGAUAUAAAACCGGACAACUUCCUCAUGGGCUUGGGUAAGAAGGGUAACCUUGUUUAUAUAAUUGACUUUGGAUUAGCGAAAAAAUUCCGCGACGCCCGCUCACUGAAACAUAUACCAUACCGGGAAAACAAAAAUCUCACCGGCACUGCCCGCUAUGCGUCGAUCAACACACACUUGGGCAUUGAACAGUCGCGCCGUGACGAUUUGGAGUCCCUCGGUUACGUGCUGAUGUAUUUUAAUUUGGGUGCACUGCCGUGGCAAGGUUUGAAGGCUGCUAACAAACGUCAAAAAUACGAACGCAUCUCGGAAAAGAAACUCUCGACGACGAUAUUAUCAUUGUGCAAAGGUUUCCCCAGCGAAUUUGUAAACUAUUUGAAUUUCUGCCGACAAAUGCACUUUGAACAGCGGCCGGAUUAUUGCUAUUUAAGAAAACUCUUUCGCAAUUUAUUCCAUCGUCUUGGCUUUACCUAUGACUACGUGUUCGACUGGAACCUGCUCAAAUUUGGCGGUCCCCGCAAUCCACAAGCCAUACAGCAGCCACAGGACGGUGGUGGUGAAUGCCAACCGGGACAGGAAGCGUCCGCAACACAGCAACAACAACAACCACAUCAACACAAUCAAAAACAGAUAGCUGGCGGUGUCGCUGCUAUAGGUAGUGCACAAAUCAUGAAUUCCGGCGGCGGAGCACAGACAUUGGUCAGCAGUAGCGGCGCAAUGGUCGGCGGCGGCGGCACUUCCCAAAUGGUUGUGGGCAGUGGUACUGGUGGUGGUGGCGGUCUAAAUAUGGAUGAUUCAAUGGCGGCUACAAACUCAUCGCGUCCUCCUUACGAUACACCCGAACGGCGUCCAUCGAUUCGCAUGCGUCCAGGUGGGGGCGGUGGCGGCGGCGGCGUCGGAUGUGUGCAACCGAGCGUUGUCAACGACGUGAGAAACGCGAAAUAAUAUUUUAUUGUUUAGAUUUCAACUACAUACUUAUAUACAUACAUAUAUAUAUACAUAAUUGAAACUAGUUAAUAGAGCAUAGGUCAGGUCGUCUUCAUCUAGUUUUAGCAGUUUUAGAUUUUGAAAUUCGUUUAUUAUUCCCUUUACUCACGGAGUAAUCUGAGUAAUGACAGUCGUUGUAGGCAUUGCAGUUGUGCUUCAAAAUAACAACCGACUAAUAAACAUUGACAGCAAAAUAGCAAAAAAAAAAGUGGCAAAGAGAUCCCUUGCGAUCUUAAAAAAUCCCCAACCCACAUGUAUAACAACACUGGAAGCGAUAUUAUUUACUGCAAUCAAAAACAUUACAAUAAUUAUAAAAAUUACAAACGUAAGCAUUCGUAAUGCCAACUUAUUUAUCGAAGGAACUGCAUUAAACUGAUUAGUUCGCGCCACAAGGCAUCGGCUUGUAAUGAUGUUCGGCGCAAAGCAACAACUAAGUACAUUCAAUUAAUCCGUAACUUUGCGAAACUCUGAAUACAAAUUCUGUGUAUUCGAUGUAAGUGCACAUCCACACACUUUAUAUACAGAUAUAUAUUAUAUACCAUAAUGUAUAAUGCAUAUAUACAUAAAUGCUUAAAAAUAUAUAUUAAAAUACGUUUAAUAUUUAAGUUUAUAUUCCUAAAUCGAAACUGCUCCUUUAGACAUUGUUUGCAAUCUGAAAUUGAAAAACAAAAAAAAAAAAAAAACAAAGCAAAAUGUAACUCAAAGAGAAAUUAAGCGGGCAUUCGAAAAAAUGAAACAGUACACAAUUGAAGUAGUAAAACAAAAACAAAAAAUAUCUAGGGUGUAUUCUUAAAAAUAGCAAAAUGAAACGAAGUAUGUAUGUAACUAACUAACACUAACAAUAAUUCUAAUACAUUAAAUCUAAUCUAAUACAAAACCAUUUGAAAUGUACGCGGAUGAGUCAUACUAUGGACCAACUUUGUAAAUGUGAAAUUCGAUGCUGCAUAUAAAAUUUGUAAUUCGUGCUAAAUGUGAUGCAUACCAUACAUACUACCUAUAUACAUAAUUGAUAUAUAUAUAUAUAUACAUAAUUUGAUUGAAGAUUGAAUAGGUGUAGUUGUGAAGAAAUCUAUGAAUCGCAUUUGCUGUAGUUGAACUCAUCCACCCUAAAUAUACAUGUACACAAAUAGGUUUGCAUUGUAUGUAUAUUUAUAUAUAAUCAUUCUUUAAGUUCCAUACCAAUUAAUUCUUUUAUAUUAAAAACAAAGAGAAAAUAUUUGAAAAAAUACUUUAUUUUGAAAACUAAACAUUUAUUUUUUCUCUUUUAAUUUCUGCUGAAAUGAUUAAAGAGAGCUUUAAAAGCUUAUGUGUACAACAAUUCACACGUUGUUCCACACAAAUCGAAAUAUUUCGAAUAUUUCAAAAUAUGAUUGCUUUGAGUUCGCACAAGCGAUUUUUGUAAUCAACUUUUAUAAACAUUUCGAUAUUUUUAACAUUGAACAAGAGUUUUUAAAAAAUUUUGAAACCAUUUCAAGCAGCAAGUAGCUAGAUUUUCACCUUUAAUGAAAUUAACAUGUAAUGAGUGGUUAGAAAUAAUUUUGUCGCUUAAAAUUUUAGUGAAUAUCUCUGAAAUACAUACAUAUAUUUCUUACAGCUUUAUUAAAACUAUUAAUAUGUAUAUAUUGUAAUUAAUGCACACAAAUGGAAAAAUUAAAUACAAAAACCGCUUUUGAAUAUGAUGCUUCGAAAGUAUAAUAA